CUUAUUAAAUAGACCUGACCAAUGUCCGCCGAUUCAGAAACUCUGAAAAUAUUGCUUGAUAAAGGGUCAAAAGGACUCGGUUUUCACAUUAGAGGAGGAUAUGAUAAUCAACAUAUUCCGGGUGAUACAGGAAUUUUUGUCACUCGACUGAAAGAAGGGGCAGCCGCACACAGUGAUGGGAGACUCAAGGAAGGAGAUCGGAUCCUAGAAAUUGACGGUGUCUCAGUUCGCAACGUCACGCACAACGAAGCAGUCUCUCUGUUUCUACGAACAGGAAAUACCUGCCAACUGUUGGUCGAGCAGGACGCCGAGCGAAAGGCACUGGCACGAGCCACCUCAGCAAUCCAAACUAAUUCGCUUUUAACAUCACCCUCAUCCUCAAACAAUAGUAUGUUCACUGCCUCCAAUGUCAUCCUUGCAACAACCGGUGCUUUAGCUCUGUCGCUUAUCACGUUGUAUCUCGCACGAAAGAGAGGAUGGAACUUGUUCAGAAGAUGAACUUCAAGUUGUUUUUACUAAAAAUUGUCGAAAACUACGUUAUUUCGCUUGUAGAAGAGGAAGGGCGUAGACAUCAAUGUUGAACUCAAUUUCAGUUACCCACGUUUUGCAGACAAAUUUGAAAAUUUAGAUUUUAUAUAAAUAAAUUAAAAUAUUGCCUAAGAA